CAUGGGAGAAGGGACCCACGGGGAUCCUCACACGCUGGGCUCGCUGCUCCUGUCUGGCAAGGUAAAUUCAUCCCCGUGGCAGCUCCUGCAGUGCUCACUUGAACUCCCCAAAGAGUUGGGAGCCGCAGCCAUGGUGAGCUGAAUGUUUGGGUCAGUUCUCAUGGAUUCAGAACCCAUCCUGACAUCACAGCCACCCAACUGCCUCGGGGUCACAGUUUGCCCAUCAGAACAGCUGCACACUGCCAGGGGACAGCAGCAACACCACCCACAGCACUGCAUUGGGGUGCCAAUAGGGGUAAUGCCUGGAGCAAGAUAUGGUGCAGUGUCACACCACAAACGCACUGGGCUGAAUAAAAAGCCCCAUGCAACUACCCAUUGCUCAGUGACACGGUUGUCACAGAUUUUGGAAGAUCGGGAUGUUCAACUGCACCUGCAUCCCCAUGGCCAGACAACUGCUUUGCUGCAGCCACUUGUGAUAGAGCUGACCUCGUGGCACCGCGUGAUGCUGAAUUUGCCCCCCCCACAGCGUCCCACGGAGGAGCAGGCAGGACCCUCCUGUGCACCCACCCUGUGCAAAAGGAAGCGCCGGGUCCCCAAGAAGGAAGUGUGUGGGCUGUGCCGCCGAAGAAACUGUGACCCUGAUGUGGUUGGGGAGCUGUGCCAUCAGGAUGGGCUCUGUGUCCAUGAGAACUGCCUGUACCAUGCUAGUGGGCUGGAGCAGAGAGGGGCUGAUGAUGAAGGCUUCUAUGGCUUCCUCUUCUCUGACAUCCAAGAGAAGCUGAAGCAGGUGGCACAGAAGAGAUGCUGCAUCUGCCAGCUGCCGGGAGCCUCGGUCACCUGCCGGGGCCGGCGCUGCCCCCGAACGUUCCACUUCCCCUGCGGCAGCGAGCGGGGCUGCGUCUCCCAGUUCUUUGGGGAGUUCAAGUCCUUCUGCUGGAAGCACCGGCCGGUGCAGCGGGUGCGGGCGGUGCAGCAGGACCAGACCUGCUGCCUCAUCUGCCAGGAGGCAGUGGCGGGUCGGCCCGGCUAUGACACACUGGUCUGUCCUGCCUGUGUCAGCGCCUGGUUCCAUCGCCGCUGCAUCCAGGGCCAGGCGCUGCGCUCUGCCCUGCACCAUUUCCGCUGCCCGCUCUGCCAGGACAUGGUGACCUUCCAGGAGGAGAUGUUUCGCCUGGGCAUCAAAAUCCCCAACAGAGAUGCUGCUUGGGAGGAGGACGGGACCUUUGACGACCAUUACCUGCGGCACAGCUCCUGUGACGCCAGCCAGUGCCUGUGCCCAGCGGGACGGGAGCAGGUAGAGAAGAAGGGGCCCUGGAGACUUCUGCUCUGCAGCUCCUGUGGCUCCCGUGGGACCCACCAGCGCUGCUCUGCCAUGGGGGAAGAUGACGACUCCUGGGAGUGCAUCGACUGCAGAGACCCGCGCACCAGCUGGGGCUGGAGCUGUGUCGUGCUUUAACCCCAGCCGGCAACCCGGACCACGCAGCUGCUCGCUCAGCACCCAUGUUGCCAUUUAGCUCUGGGCCUGCGACUAAACAACAAAACAGUUUCUCUCUCACCGACUCUGGGGGGAAGGAAGGGUAAGAGAAGGACAGACUCAUGGUUUCAAAAAG